AUGUCAGUCCUCCGUUUCCCUUUUUCGCAGUGUCACAGGCAGCAAACCGAAAACAGUCAGUUUCUGUCCGAAACGGCCCAACACACCUUAGACCCGUCCUGUAGCUGGUUAGAAAUCACACUCCGGUUCGUGCUUGUCGCACUUUACCCGUGUAUUUGGCUGUGUGCAACUCCUACAUGUCAGAGUGGUAGACUCACAGCUCUGCGGCUUACCGGCAGGCCUCGCUGUUCACCGACUAAGCAUCAGUCCUCACGCCGCCCUUGGGUGGGUCCGGCUCGGCCAAAGAGACAGCAUGGUCCCGGUGCAUCGCUAGCCUCUUGUGAUUAAAGGCGACAGCAAGGGAUGAAUGGUAUCAGUGGGAAAGUGUUUAGCUUGGAUGCUACUGGAGUCUGUUUAUAAGGAUGAACGGCACCCAGCAGACUGAUACAAAGAGGCAGAACCUCCUGGAGAGGCUGCUGGAUGCUGUGAAGCAGUGCCAAAUCCGCUUUGGAGGAAGAAAGGAGAUCGCCACAGACUCAGACAGCAGGGUGAUCUGUCUGUGCGCACAGUUUGAAGCGGUGCUGCAGCACGGUCUGAGGAAGAGCAGAGGUCUGGCCCUCACAGCUGCCGCUCUGAAACAGGCUGCAGGCUUCAGCAGCAAGACUGAAACAGAGUUGACUUUUUGGUUCUACGUGAAGGAGCACCUGAACCGCCACGAGCUCCAGCGGUUUUACUCCCUGCGCCAGAUCUCCUCAGAGCUCGGCCGAGGUCGUGCCUGGCUGCGCUGCGCCCUCAAUGAGCACUCGCUGGAGCGCUACCUGCACACGUUGCUGGCUGACCGCCCCCGUCUCGGAUCUUACUAUGAAGACUGGGCUUUUGUGCUUGAUGAAGAGAGAGCUAGUAUGCUUCCCACCAUGGCUGCAGGUUUGAACUCCAUUCUGUUUGCCAUCAACAUUGACAACAGCGACCUGAACGGCGCCGUAACACGCGGAGGGUCCUCAGUGUCGCACCUCCUCAAGGAGUCCACGCAGGGCAUCGGCAGCCUGUGGAAAGAGUCCACUCAGGGCGUUAGCAGCCUGCUGCGAGAGAUCGGCACAGCCACAGCUGUGGUGCCUGGCUUCACCCCUAAAGUGGACGGGGCCUCCGACCCACUCCCCGUGGUGCCACGCAGCACCUCUGCUGACUCAGGGCUGAGGAAGGAGCGGCGGAAGAAAAAAAAGAUCACCAACAUCAUUUCCUUUGAUGAUGAUCUGGAUGGAGGAGCUGAGGAUGAGGAGGACGGGGAAGACGACUCCCAGAAGAUUGGCGGGAUGAGGAAAAGUCACACCGCUCCUGCUCAGAGCAGUGUGGAGGAAGGGAUAGACCCUUUAGAGCCCGUCUUCUCUGAUUCGCUUGCCCAGAAUGGCGUGUCUGAGCCGGGCAUAGUCAGCUGGGUGGGGUCCCCGCAUCCCUGCCGCACACCUCCCAUAACGGCGCCUCCGCUGCCUGACACCAAGAGUGUAGACAACGAGGAGGAAGAGGAGGAGAUAUAUAAGCCUAGAGCACAAACCCAAGAGGAAGAGAGGAUACCGAGUGAUCAGGUGGUGGUGGGCAGCCUGUCCAGCGUGUCCACGUGGAGCCCUCUACAAGUCAUGGCUGGACACAGCAGCGCAGACAUCCUCAUUCCUGUGAACCCUGCCGACCCUCAGUCAGUGAGCUCCGUGGAAGACACGGCCGCAUUUCCUGUUCAGUGUGAGUCGGCAGGAUCAGUGGGAAACUGCGAGAGCAGCAGCAGAUCUCAGCUCACGUUCAAUAUGGAGUCCAGUCCAACAACGCAGCCUGCUCCGCUCUCCAGCGCGCUGUCAACAUCUGCUUUGCCCGACUCCAUGACAGUGGUGGAGCUGCGUCAGGCCAUUGUAGCCAUGAUGAACAGGAAGGACGAACUGGAAGAACAAAACACGUCUCUUCGCAGUCUGCUGGAUGGGGAGAUGGAGCACUCAGCAGGCCUGAGGCAGGAAACCGAUCUGCUGAAGAAGAAGCUGGCAGAACUGGAAGAGAGGCACUCAGCGAAGGUCCAGGCGCUGGCCAGGGAGAAUGAGGUCCUGAAGGUCCAGCUGAAGAAAUAUGUGGGGGCGGUACAGAUGCUGAAGAGAGAAGGAAGCCAAGGCAAUGACGCCCUGUCCGUGUUGCGGUCAAGCGAAGAGCAGACUCCAAUUCCACAGAAUAAGUUCAUGGGCGACAUUGAGGAGCUGGCUGCUAGCUAUGAACGCAAACUCAUUGAGGUGGCCGAGAUGCAUGGUGAAUUGAUAGAGUUUAAUGAGCGCCUGUACCGUUCGCUCAUGGCCAAAGACCACCUCAUAAUCCAGAUGAGACAGGAGCUCAUUGACCUGAGAGGACCGGUUCCAGGUGAUUUAAGCCAGACGUCAGAUGACCCUAGCCUGUCAGAUUUUGAGACGGCUCAUCGCGCUCUCAUCAACGUAUGGAUCCCCUCUGUGUUCCUGCAAGGCAGAGCUGCCAACGCCUACCACGUCUAUCAGGUGUAUAUCCGCAUCCUGGACAAUGAGUGGAAUGUGUACAGGCGUUACACCGAAUUCAGGGAGCUCCACAAUCAUCUGAGAUCACAGUUUCCUCAGGUGGACACCUUCAACUUCCCACCCAAGAAAGCCAUAGGGAACAAGGAUGCCAAGUUUGUGGAGGAAAGAAGGAAGCAGCUGCAGGGCUACCUUCGCACGGUGAUGAACAAACUGAUCCAGACGCUGCCAGAGUUCACAGCCAGCCCCACCAAAGAGACGCUGCUGUCGCUGCUGCCUUUCUGUCAAGACACACCCCAAGCCAACGAUGGCGGAGCCAAGACGCCACGGUCGAAAACUUCAUCACGUUUUCCCAGACUGGGGCGCAGGAACACCCAGGAAGCCAGACCUGAACCUCAGAGUGGUGACCUUUAACCCGAGGGCCUUUGAACUCAGAUCUGGGGACAAUGUUGCAGAUCUGCAGGCGUUACAGAUAAAACGCCUGGGUCACCUAAACCUUCACUGCAGGCAAUUCCAGGAGAAUAUGAAAAGAUUUCUUUGUGUUGCCUAGCUAAGUAAGGGAUGAAUUACUCCCCUGAAACUGCCUAUUGAUGGACCCAAUCAAAUAGUGUCUUUUACCUCACUGAGAGACUAAAAGACUCUCUGCCAAGACUCUUUGUAAGACUCUAUAAGCUGCACAUGGACUAGCUUGGAAUCCUAUUUUCUCAAACACACUGGGAUGAUGGGGACAUGUUGUUUUUCUUAAGUUUUGUAGUGAAAGUAUUUCAUGGUCACAGUGCCUACAGUAUUUGUAGCUGCAUUCCUGCUCUGGGUCAGUAGGGAACGGGUUUGCAUG